AUGAAUGUCGGCAGAUUUUUUUCCGUUUCAGAUCUUCCCGUGGAUUGUGAGGACAUUCGUCAUAAUGGUCACCAUGGUUCAGGAGUUUACGUAAUAUAUCCCUUUGGUGUGAACUGUCGCCCUGUCCGUGUGUACUGCGACGUGACAACUCGGGGCGGAGGAUGGACGCUAAGUGUGAAACCUUUUCGUCAAAUAGCUAAGUGUGAAACCUGUGGUCCAAUACUUAAGUGUGAUACCUAUGGUCCAAUAGCUACGUGUGAAACCUGUGGUCCAAUAGCUACGUGUGAUACCCGUGGUCCAAUAGCUAAGUCUAAGUGUGAUACCUGUGGUCCAAAAGCUAAGUAUGAAACCUGUGGUCCAAUAGCUAAGUGUGAAACCUGUGGUCCAAUAGCUAAGUGUGAAACCUGUGGUCCAAUAGCCAAGUGUGAAACCUUUGGUCUAAUAGCUAAGUGUGAUACCUGUGGUCCAAUAGCUAAGUGUGAUACCUGUGGUCCAAUAGCUAAGUGUGAAACCUGUGGUCCAAUAGCUAAGUGUGAAACCUGUGGUCCAAUAGCCAAGUUUGAAACCUUUGGUCUAAUAGCUAAGUGUGAUACCUGUGGUCCAAUAGCUAAGUGUUAA